AUGGAUUACGAAGCAAUAACAGGGAAAUUGACACAAUGCCUCUACAAAGCUACGAUUGGCACUAUUCAAGUCGAUAUUCGCGCUUCCGGCUUUGGAGCAAGUUCUCCAUGGCAACUAUUCACCGACAAGAGAUCACCUGAUAAGGACAUUCAUCUCCGAAAUGGUGUCAUCAAUUGUGCCCUGCACCCGUUAUUGACUUCCCAAAGCGGAAAAAUUAACUGCCUAUCACAAUCCAUCCAUAAGGCUGUGUUAUGGAAGAAGAGAUGCUGGGAUGAAUUCCACCAAAUCACAGAAAAUGACCAAGUCUGCCUUGACAGGGUGAUCGUCAACGUUUAUCUCCCCCAUCUCUAUAGCGCAUGCGCCAUAGUAGCGCCUGAGUCUGGCCCGGCCCAUCAGGGUGAUCAUUCCCUUAUCGAUAGUGUAGCUACUUCAGCCAACAAGAAGACAGUAGACCUCGCUGCUGGCGCCGCUCAUCAGGAACUACAAGUUCUGGACUCUGUGAUCUCCCUUCUUCAAAAUCACUUUCAAUUUUGCAAAUCCGUCUACCUCGUUCUCAAAACAGACCUAGAUCCUACUAUGGAGAUUGUGGCUCCGCUCACCGAUGAUGAUGACGCGAGAAACGCUAGUAUCUCGAAUAACGAGAUUCCUACUAGCGUGACCAAUUUCCUUGAAGACAAAUUAUUACCGCGCACCGACGACUUAUAUCGUAUAAUGAUACAGCAGCGGCUGUCAUUAAAGGCGGACGACCGCGGGGAAGGCCUUCACUUCUUGCCGUCGUUGCGUGCAUUCACGCCAUUUGAGGAAAAGGCGAGGAUGCGAGGAGAGGUUAUACGAGAAGGGGACUGGGAUCGAAACCGAGAUGCGGAGAUUGCCGUCUGGCGGGCUAUGGACGAUCUGUAUUCUGCGGAGACUGAUCGCGAGGGCACUAGAGGAUAUUGGGUCAAGACAGAUGUAUUCGAUAUGUUUCCAUGGAAAGGAAUGAAAUUUGUCUAG